AUGGCCUCCCUCGCAACCAAAGCUAUCCCACGAACCAACAACGGCACUGGUGCGUUUGUGCUUCAAUGCAAGAGUCUCGUCUUCAACUAUUGCGAACGAUGGGGAUCCAACAAGGGCAUGAUUGACUACAUUAAGAAAGAUCUUGCCGCAUUCGCUCGUGAGAACCCACAGAUCGAAAUCAUUGUUCAACCUAGACCUCACCAUCAUCCUAUCAUCCGAGGAAACUACUUGAAUGGCCGUGAUAAAGUGGUAUGCACACGCAACAUGACUCCCUCUGAGAUCAGCCAAAAGGUCCAAUUGUUACGUGAUUCGAGUGGUGCCAAGAUGAAGAAUCUCACCAAAAAGCCUGUCAUCUCCACUACCGAGAGUGUCCGUGGCAUCUGGUCACCUUUCCACACCAAUCCUCACUCCAUCUAG